AGUUCCCUAAGCACCAGACCCUGACGAGCGAGAGCCCACACGGGGACUCAGACAGUAUUUCAGAGAAAGUCAUAAAUCGCUUCCAUGAAGUCACCCUCAGCCCCACUCGCGGAAAAUUCAGCGUGUGAGUGAAAUGACGGAGAAGAUGUGACACACGGCGGACUCUGACCCUGGGAGGCCAGAGACGAGGCGAGAAUCCGGAGGAGCCACCAGCCGGAGGCCGACAUUCCCAUGCAGCCCGGCCGCCAGAGGGGCCGUGGGCGACAGGGGGCUGGGCGCUCUUCGGAUCCGGCCCAUUCGUCAAAAGGAGACACUCGGACAAAGUGGGCCCCUCUCCUUCUCCCUUCUCCCCGCCCCCGCCCUCCUCUCUGCUCCCUCUGUUUUAACGGGCAGUUCAGGCUCUACCCCCACCCCACCCCCGCCCCCAAACCAGGUCGAGGUGAGGAUUAGAAAAGAGGGAAGAAAAGAUACUCGUUGGCGAUUUCUUUUCGUUAUUGGUUCUCGGCUCCCUUGCGCCGCGGCCCCCUUCCCUUCUCAUAAAUAAAAGAAAAGUCCGAACCUAUCAGAUCCCGUCCGCUGCCUCCUCCUCCUCCUCCUCCUCGCACUCCGGCGGCGCACUUUUGCACAACUUACCCAGAGAACCACUCGCCCCCUCGCCUUCCCUCGUCACCCCGUCGCCUCCCCUCAAGCCCCGAAACCUGAGAGGCACCUUCGUCCCUCCCGGAGGGUUCUGGGGGCGGGGGUGUGAAAGCGGGUGUGCAGGGGAGUAGCGAGUGUGGUCUGGAGAAAGGCGUGGACGGGAGUGCGGAGAGGAGGGGGGAGCGUGAGCGAGAGAAUAAAUAUAUAAAUAAAUACGGAAAAGAAUCCACCCCGCAGCCUCUCCGGCUCAGAACUUCGGCCGGGAGCGGGGAGCGCGAGGGCGCGGCGCUCGCCAGUCCCAGGCUGGGGCCCGGACUCCGGCCGCGUGCCCCGGGUCUGCCCGGCGCGGCCGCCCGCACAACUUCUGGCCGAGCGGAGCGGGCACAGGCGCACUUGGGGUUGGUGUGUUUGUUUGUUUGAACUUCCUCGUCGCCACCUUCCCUCCCCCCAACCUCCGCCUCCACCUCGCCCCCCUCCCCAGCUUCUGGACGCGCAGACUGCAGGCGGGGGUAGGGGGGUGGGGGUAGGCAGCGUGUAGGGAGGGGAGCGAGAAGAGGUUUUAAAAAAAAAAAAGGAGAAGAAGAAGAAGGAAAGAAAGAGAUCGCAGCAGGGGUGAAGGGAACGGACGGGAAGCGAUUUUUGCCGACUCCGGAUUCGUCCCCCGCGGGCGCGAGAAUGGCGGCCCUUCCCGGCAGCGUACCGAGGAUGAUGCGGCCGGCUCCCGGGCAGAACUACCCACGCACCGGGUUCCCUCUGGAAGUGUCCACCCCGCUGGGCCAAGGCCGGGUCAAUCAGCUUGGUGGGGUCUUCAUCAAUGGGCGACCCUUGCCUAACCACAUCCGCCACAAGAUCGUGGAGAUGGCCCACCACGGCAUCCGGCCCUGCGUCAUCUCCCGCCAGCUGCGCGUGUCCCACGGCUGCGUCUCCAAGAUUCUCUGCCGCUACCAGGAGACCGGGUCCAUCCGGCCCGGGGCCAUCGGCGGCAGCAAGCCCAGACAGGUGGCGACCCCGGAUGUGGAGAAGAAGAUUGAGGAGUACAAGAGGGAAAACCCGGGCAUGUUCAGCUGGGAGAUCCGGGACCGGCUGCUGAAGGAUGGGCACUGUGACCGCAGCACCGUGCCCUCAGGUUUAGUGAGUUCGAUUAGCCGCGUGCUCAGAAUCAAGUUCGGGAAGAAAGAGGAGGACGACGACGCGGACAAGAAAGAGGACGACGGCGAGAAGAAAGCCAAACACAGCAUCGACGGCAUCCUGGGCGACAAAGGGAACCGGCUGGACGAGGGCUCAGACGUGGAGUCGGAACCGGACCUGCCUCUGAAGCGCAAGCAGCGCCGCAGCCGGACCACGUUCACGGCCGAGCAGCUGGAGGAGCUGGAGAAGGCCUUCGAGAGGACGCACUACCCCGACAUCUACACCCGCGAGGAGCUGGCGCAGAGGACCAAGCUGACUGAGGCGCGUGUCCAGGUCUGGUUCAGUAACCGCCGCGCCCGCUGGCGUAAGCAAGCUGGAGCCAACCAGCUGGCAGCGUUCAACCACCUUCUGCCAGGGGGCUUCCCUCCCACCGGCAUGCCCGCGCUGCCCCCCUACCAGCUGCCGGACUCCACCUACCCCACCACCACCAUUUCCCAAGAUGGGGGCAGCACUGUGCACCGGCCCCAGCCCCUCCCGCCGUCCACCAUGCACCAGGGGGGGCUGGCUGCGGCCGCGGCAGCCGCGGAUACCAGCUCUGCCUACGGAGCCCGCCACAGCUUCUCCAGCUACUCCGACAGCUUCAUGAACCCAGCGGCGCCCUCCAACCACAUGAAUCCUGUCAGCAACGGCCUGUCCCCUCAGGUGAUGAGCAUUCUGAGCAACCCCAGCGCGGUGCCGCCGCAGCCGCAGGCCGACUUCUCCAUCUCCCCGCUGCACGGCGGCCUGGACUCGGCCCCCUCCAUCUCGGCCAGCUGCAGCCAGCGGGCGGACUCCAUCAAGCCCGGGGACAGCCUGCCCACCUCCCAGUCCUACUGCCCACCCACCUACAGCACCACCGGCUACAGCGUGGACCCCGUGGCUGGCUACCAGUACGGCCAGUACAGCCAGACUGCUGUUGAUUACCUGGCCAAAAACGUGAGCCUCUCCACGCAGCGCCGCAUGAAGCUCGGGGAGCACUCCGCGGUGCUGGGACUCCUGCCGGUGGAGACUGGCCAGGCCUACUAGGGCCCCUGGGGCGACUUGCCCCACCCCACGCCCCAGCUCAGCCCUCACUGCUCCCCGAACCUCCCAGCCUCAGUCCCCUCCUGGCCCUGGGGGUCCCAGGAGGCCAGGCAGGGAGCCCAUUCCCUUCUCACAGCCAGCCCUCUGGGCGUGCGCAGCCGGUCCCUCCCUCCCCUGCGGCCGGAGACCUGGAGUGCCCCCCACCUUGGAGUCUGCCCCUGUACUUUCUCCCUGGGAGGGUUUCUGGUCAGCCCACCGUCCUUGCCCGGUCCAACGCUGUCACGGCCUCUGUGCCGGCUGAGGCACAGGGAUGGGAGCUCACCCCCAAAUAGAGCACCAUGAGCACCCAAGGGAGGAUGGUGUUUGGGUUGAGGUUCUGGGGCCCUUGGACUCCACUGGGUACCCUGGCCAGAGGUGGGGGCAGAGCUCGCAGGCUGCUCCCCGCUGGAAGUGCUGGGAGCCAGUCCCUCCGGGUGGGCGUCUGGCCCAGGGCCGGAACCUCAGCCCACUCCUCCUCUGGAUGCUGGGACUCCACAGAGAGGGAGCUGAGCCCUGGGGUUUCCCAGGGAAGUGGCCCAGGAGUUCUGAGGACUUCGGGAUGCUCCCCACACACCUCUAUUCGGUGGAAGGGGGAAUGCAGUGGGGGCAGGGGGCUGAGAAAACCAGGAAGGGACUUAACCAGGGGGCGGGGCCAUGUGGGGAUUGGGCUUGUCACCAGUAGAGUGGCCCAAGAUACAAGGACCCAAUACGGCAUCCAGACGCAGCUGGCCUUCAUGCUGAAGCCCAAGUUUCAAUUUCGCCCACCCCGUGUGGGGCGUGGGGAGCCCACCAAACCCUCAGUGUUCACAUUCACUGGAUCGGAUGAGGGGGGAGGGAUCAACUGUCGAGGACCCCGGAGUGGAGAGGCAUAGGGCAGCUCAGAAGGGGGUUUGUAACUGGGGUCCCUCUGCUUGUGGGCAG